AAGGUGGAAUUACUGACCGUUGCUUAACCUGUAUUAUUUUUUGUAAAUUCAGCAAAAAAAAAUAUCUUAUUUGUGUAAAUUUUAAUGUCACGUUCAUAAUAUACACAGCUUGGGGCAGAUGGACGAGCAGAGCAAAUCUUUAUUAACCUUUCGAUACGAAACGUAUGAGUGUAGCUGUAUAUUCAAUCUAAUAAUUUAUUCUACAUACGUAUAAAGUUAUAAAAAUCACGUGUUUAUUAAUGUUAUAUUUCCCUUUUGUUAUUACUCAAAUGAUAAAAGAGUUGUAACAUUUUUAUUAUGGAAGUAAAACGUAUCGGAAAGGCAUAACUUUUUGAAUUACUUCAAGGUUUGACAAUGCAUACAACGCACAGCAACAACAUACUAUGAUGUAUCAUUAUGAUACAAUUAUUAGCUAUUUUCAUAUAUUUAAUAUCAUCAGCAGACGCCCACAGCGAAAUUCUGAAAAACGAAGAAGAGUGUAAGGUGGCAGACCUGUGCGUUCACGACAAAGUACCGAUGUGUGCUAUAGACUCAUGCGGAGAGAUGCGGACAUUCAUUGACAUUUGCGACAUGCACGAGUUCAACUGUGACAGCAAAAAAGAUUUCAAACAAAGACCGAUCCACGAAUGUUGGGUGACGUGCAAGAGAGGACGUUCUUUCAAGAAACCGGAAUACAGAACUGACUGUAAUAUUAACCAAAAGCCUAAUAGACUGUAAUUUUUUAAUGAGUUUUUAUUUAUUUCCUCGUAUUUCUUCAUAAUAAAUUCAAGAACUUCGCCAGUUCUCCAGAGGGAAUACAUCCCGCAAAUUUUCGCUGUCUGCAAUUCAGGCACUUUACUUUUAUAUACAUUUCCCUGUUACCAACUCUGUAGAAAUAAAAUAUUCAUACUUGAGUCUGUAUUGAGUAUGUAAAUAUACUUCUGAAGGUAAAUCAAUUUAAUAUUGUAGCUUCGUAUUGAGUACCGUUAUUUAAACUUCUACGAUAAUAUACCUAUCCUUGUUUUAAAUGUUCGUUGAUACAGCGAUAGAGGCAAUA